GCGCUGCACCGUACGCACUCGUAUGAUUGGGCGAACUGUCCGAAAGAUCCGCAAGAGUCAGCGAAUUCCGUUUGACUUUUUUUUGCUCGCGUCGGGACAGCAGCCGACGCGCCGAUGAACUGCGCCGUGUCGGGACUCCGUGGUCAUCUUGGCCGAGUCAUGCACGGCGCCGCCCGGCCUACGAAACGCGCGCUCUUCCAGGUCGUCUAGCUCUUCGUUCGCUUCGUCGUUGUCGUUCGGCCCGCGACUGCAGCUGCUGCGGCAACGCUCGACCCAGCUUCGAUUUCGUAAAGCAGAGGUCUCUCUCUAGCGUGCUCAGUUGCGGGGGUGCUUUCGGGAGUUAUUUGGUAACUAGCAGUGAUGACUCGGGCUGGUCUUUGAUGGGUUGGGCUGACUAUGUUGUCUCUGGUUCAAGAGCUUGUCAGUCCGUGAAGGUGGCGGUGGCACGGCUUUGGGGGACAAAUGUUACCGAAUCUCAUGCUCUAGCCUCGAAGCUUUGAAGGCGAUGUUCUUGUUCCCUGAACUGGUCAAUUUUCUGGAUAGGCAAAUGCUAGCUGCCCAGCUUUUUUUCACGUGAUGCAGAUCGAGGGGUAGUCGGAGUAUGUCGAUGGGCUGAAGGCAUCUACUGAAAAUGAAUCAGAUAUAGUUGGAUUCAGAGAUUGGAAGUCAAAGUUCAGUGAUCAGAUUGUGAGUGAUUGCGUGCUGUUAGGAUAUUCACACAUAUAAGUUGAGAAGACUCUCGAUCAUCAGUUUCUAUCCAAAGUUUCCACUAAGUUGUUGAGAAGGAUCGAGAGAAAUACUAUAGAUGGUCCUCCCUCUAGUCUUUCCUUAUUUUUGCAUGAUGAAGGUCCUCCCUUAAUGCUUCAGGGCUCCUAAAAUGACGGUUGGUUGUCUUGGCAUUGGAUAUAUUAUGGGAAUGGAGAAAUAUGUGGUAUAUCUAGCUGUUCUUCUUCUUGUCAUUUGUUGCUUCAGUCAUGUGAGAUCUGAUUUUCUGGAGCAUAGAUACAAAGUUGAUGACGCAGUUCCUCUUUACGUCAACAAAGUGGGUCCAUAUUACAAUCCAAGUGAAACAUAUGGUUAUUACAGUCUUCCAUUUUGUCGACCAGAUCAUUUGGAGGAGAAACAGGAGACUCUUGGUGAGAUAUUGAAUGGAGAUCGCCUAGUAACUGCUCCAUACAAAGUAAAAUUUCUACAGCAGAAGAAUCAUGAGGUUGCGUGUGCAAAGAAGUUGACAAGUGAAGAAGUCUCUCAAAUCCAAGCUGCAAUCAAGCAGUAUUAUAUAUUUCAGAUGUACUGUGAUGACUUGCCAAUCUGGGGAUUUAUAGGAAAUGUUGAAGGAUCAUCAACAAAUAAUUCAGAGCACAAAUAUCUCCUUUACCAGCAUUUCGAACUUGAAAUCUUUUUCAAUAAGGAUCAAGUAAUAGAGGUUCAUUUGUUGAUGCACCCUAAUGAGGUAGUGGAGUUGGCUGAAGGCAGGGAUAUGGAUAUAGAGCUACAGUACAGCGUGCAUUGGAUAGAAACAAAUGAACAUUUCCAUGAAAGGACUAAGAAGUAUUCAGUGCCACGCAAUUCUUCAAUACACCAUUUUUCAAUUAUAAAUUCAUGUGUGACAUUUCUGAUUCUGUUUGGAUGCCUUUUAAUUUACUAUAUGAGAGUCAUCCGGAAGGAUUUCUAUGAUUUCAUACCUGAAGACACAGCAGUAGACAGAGAGCAGACAGGAUGGAAGUGCAUCCGUUCUGAUGUCUUCCGGUAUCCAAAGAACAGGUCUUUAUUUGCUGCAUCCCUCGGUUCUGGUGCUCAGUUGUGCAUUCUAGCCACAUUUACUUUACUACUUGGGCUUCUGGGUGUAUUUUAUCCAUUCAACGGAGGAAAUUUGUUCACAGCAUUGAUAGUCCUGUACACCAUGACUUCUGGCUUUGCUGGAUAUUUAGCUGUCUUAUUCUACUGUCAGAUUGAGGGAAAGAAUUGGGGCAAAAAUUUGCUGCUGACAGGGUCUUUAUCUUCUGUGCCAUUGUUUCUUAUAUUCUGCUUCCUUAAUACUGUCGCGGCGUCUUACCAAGCAAAUGCAGCACUUCCUCUAGGAACAAUCUUGAUAUUACUGUUGAUUUGGAUAUCGCUUGCAUUACCAUUGCUUGUUGUUGGGGGAAUAGCUGGGAAAAAGAGCCACGGUGAGUUUCAAGCUACUUGUGAGACCUCAAAGUGCCCCAGAGAGGUCCCGUCGCUCCGAUGGUACAGGGGCACUCUUCCACAGAUGGUCCUGGCAGGUUUCUUGCCUUUUUCUACAAUCUACAUGCAGCUGCAUUACGUGUUCAUGAGCAUGUGGGGUAAUAGGGUCUAUACCCUUUAUAGCACGAUAUUUGUCAUCUUCAUUAUUCUGCUCAUCACAACUUCGUUAAUCACCGUGGCUCUGACGCACUUUCAGCUAGCCGCCGAAGAUCAUCGAUGGUGGUGGAGGUCCUUUCUGUGUGGUGGAUCAGUUGGUCUGUAUGUCUAUGGUUUCUGCUUCUACUACUGCUAUUGGAUAUCGCACUUCUCCGGCUUCUUACAACUCUCUUUCUUCUUCGGGUAUAUGGCUUGGAUCUGUUAUUGCAUCUUCCUCAUGUGUGGGUCCGUGGGGUUUUACGCAUCUCUGCUAUACGUUCGGCACAUAUACAGCUCUAUCAAGAGCGACUAAGAGUGUUUUUGCUCCAACAACACUAUAAAGUCCCAUCACGUUCCUUCCUAUGGAUGAAACAUAGUGAGGCACCGUCUACUAUGUCUGGUCAGGACAUGCCAUCUUCAUCUUCUGUUUUAGCCUUUUCUGAUAUGUAUAGAUGAUGCCCGGGUUUCCCAAUGACAGAACCAAUGGUGUUACUCAUAAAUGUGCAUUAUAAUGCAUCUGUCUUCGCAUCGACACAAGCAUAUACGCCAGCAACUAGCAAUGGUGCAUGCACACAAUUGCUUACCCUUCCCCUUCGGGAGGCUCGGUUAUCUUCAGGGCUGUUUUAUCAUCUGGCGAUGUAUGUUAUAGUACUGAGGGAAGUUCUCCUAGUUUGUUCUCCAGGUUAAAGCUAUGAAUACAUCCAUGAGACAGUGCAUCUUAUGGCAUGGAAUAUGUCAUGUUUUCAUACCUCGGAAUCUGUCGGAUAUAUGUAAUGCCGCAGAAGUCGGAGAUCGCUCGUCCUCCAAAGCUUAUACAAACACCCUUUUUCUCA